ACUGCUUUCUGUGCUCAAACCGAUGCCCAACGCUCUUCAUCACUAUUGCUAUUAGGAGAAGCCCUGUUCGGUGGUGCUGACCGACGGGACACCAUGUGAAUCCCUUCAUACUUGUUCGUUUUACUUACCCUCUCCCUCUCUCUCUCUCUCUCUCUCUCUCUCUCUCUCUAUUGUCUUUCUUGGUCCCAUCAAGAUACAUCUACAUCUCGCUUUCCUCUUCUGACGUCGGUGCAUGGACUCGACUACAUCGGACAACGACCACUGCCCGCCGGGGGGGGAAGGCCCGUCCUCCUCCUCCUCUGCAGCUUCCACCGCCGGCGCGGCGCCCGGGGGAACCGCGGACAAGCAGCCCCGGGCGUCGGUGGCGCCGCUUAGCCGGUACGAGUCGCAGAAGCGCCGGGACUGGAACACUUUCCUGCAGUACAUCCGGAACCAGAGGCCGCCGCUGGCGCUGGCGGGGUGCGGCGGCGCCCACGUGAUCGAGUUCCUGCGGUACCUCGACCAGUUCGGGAAGACGAAGGUGCACGCGCCAGGGUGCGCUUUCUUCGGUUGCCCUAACCCGCCGGCGACGUGCCCGUGCCCGCUCAGGCAGGCCUGGGGCUCCCUGGACGCCCUCAUCGGGCGCCUCCGAGCGGCGUACGAGGAGAGCGGGGGGAAGCCUGAGACCAACCCGUUCGCCGCCCGCGCCGUCCGCUUCUAUCUCCGCGAGGUCCGGGACAGCCAGGCCAAGGCCCGGGGGAUCCGCUACGAGAAGAAGAAGCGGAAGCGAACUCCGCCUUCUACCGGUGGGGAUGCAGGUGAGCAUUCUUCGACCGCCGCCGUCCUGGGUGGUGGUGGUGGUGGUUCAGGUUCGAGCCUCCUGGAGGGAUCUACUACUGCUCCGCCGGGUGGCUCAUCUAUCCCUUGAUCGAGACAUAAUCUCGCUUCUGUCGGUGUUGCCGAUGAUGAUGGUGAGGGAGUUGGGAUGGAUCACAAGAGUUACUGUUGGUAGUGUUCGUUAGAUUUGGCGAUCUUCUUUGAUUCAACCAGUUUUUGAUGAACACAAGACAGAAUGCACUUUUAUUUUUCCUGAUGCAGUACUUGUUUGAAUUAAUUCUCUCUUUUAAAUGGUGUUAUGAUUGGAUGU